CAUCUUACUUUUUCAAGAGAAGUAAAAAACUAUUUCUAAGAUCUUUUUUUUUUUGCAUUAACUGCUGCAGAAGAAUGAGAUAGAAACUGCUAAGAUAUGCACUACUGUAUACUCUCUAUCAAGACUUUCCCUCUUCAGAGUCUUGAUAUUAUAGAGAAUAUAAGUCUGUUUCUAUAUAAUAAUGUAAAUAUUGUCAGCAGGAUGUAGAGAAACUGGUUAUUUAUAUCUCAAAAUAGAAGACUUUGUCAAUGAUUAUAUCAAUAUAGAGUUAAUUCUCAAAUUCAAUAGAAAUCUAGUGUUGCUGUUCUCAAUCCCUUGCAGAAUCUAUUGAAUAUUGAGGUAUUAAAACUAGAUUUAAUAUAUCUCACUGUGCAGGGAUCAAAGGCUCAGUCAGACCUUGGGGUAUACUGAUUUUAUAGUUGUCGUGUCUGCCGAUUAUGUAUCGAGCACAGUUGCUGAGGUAUCUUUUUGUACUUUUCUGUCGGGGAUGGGCCAGAUUGAGAGAGGUGGUACGAGGGUGAGACUCGGCGUUGAUGUCUAGAUACACUGAAGACAGACCGCGGAGGUUGCACUUCAGAAGUGGCCGUUGGUUAUGUGCUUGAUAUUAUCGCCGAGGUAUCUUUUUGUAUUUUUCUGCCGGGGAUGGGCCAGAUUAGGAAGGGCGGUACGAGGGUGGGACUUGGCGUUGGUGUUUUGGAACAUCAAAGAUGGACAGGGUUUUCGCGGAGGUCGCUCCUCAGAUAUCUCCACAACUACAGAUCGGGGAUCUUCCAAAAUCAAGAAGAUUGGUGCAUAUGGCUAGGUCUCUUCACCUUACAAUUUGUAUGGCAAUUUGGCCCGGGGUUGUGGUGUGGUAGGGGGGAAUGGGGGAUAAUCCCACGCAGGAGUUCCGAACGACGUCUGGUUCACGUUUGGCUGGAUAACUCCACCACCACACGGGGUAUGCGGUCGGCGAUGGGGUCAAAAUGCUCGUAUGAUCGAGGGCUUUUCGAUGGAUCUAUCGGCGGGUUCUUAUUCGAAAAAUCGAGCGAGUUCGUGGUGGAGCGGUUGGAAAGAUUUGUAUUGAUAUCAGAAAGUUUCAAUAUCUGA